AUGCCGGAGCAAAUAAAGGACGAGGAGCUCCAGCCGGAGCAGACGGAGGGGUUCAAGCUGGGCGAGAAGAAGACCAUCGACGAGUAUAAACAGCUAGACCAGAAUGACGAAUCCCUCCGCAAGUGGAAGGAGUCUUUGGGCAUUGGGUCAGGAACGUCAAUCUCCGAUCCCAAAGACCCCCGCAAAGUCAUCAUUCUAUCUCUUGGCUUGGAGGUCGAGGGUAGACCUGAUAUCAUCAUCGACCUUAAGUCACCCGGCGCCGUCGAUAGCCUCAAGAGCAAGCCCUUCACGAUCAAGGAAGGAGCCCAGUUCCGCAUGAAGGCGACAUUCAAGGUUCAGCAUCAGAUCCUGUCUGGCUUGAAGUAUGUCCAGGUGGUCAAGCGCAUGGGCGUUAGCAACAAGAUGCAAGAGAUGAUCGGCAGUUAUUCUCCAAACACAACCGAUAAGCCAGUAUACGAAAAGAAAUUUGAGCCUGAGACGGCCCCUUCCGGCAUGAUGGCUCGCGGCCACUACAACGCUGUGUCAAAGUUCAUUGACGAUGACGGCCAGACGCAUCUCAAGUUCGAGUGGUCAUUCGACAUCAAGAAGGACUGGUAG